GCUUUCAUCCAUAUACCCUCGUGCCUGUCCUCACGAUGCAGCCAGCCAGCUCACCUCCUGCCUCCCCCUGGCCCAGCCCCCUUUGCUCCUCUCCUCUCCUCUCCUCCCCUCCUCCCCGGGUGUGUAAGCCACGAUCACUGCUCCAUCCAGCGGAGCUCUGGGCGAAGAAAACGCAGAGGAACAACUAAAAACAAGCGAUGGAGCCACUAGAAGACUAACAGAGCGACGGGGAAGGGGGCCCAGGUAAGCGAGGCCUGGUCUUGUCAUUGACAGCGCCAGUGUCAUUGGCCGCGGCAGAGCUGUCAUUUUGCAGAGGAUGCGCCUUUGGAGUGGAGAGUGUUGUGUGCAUCAGAUACUACAAAUAAUACAUGAAUGGAGUAACCGUGUAGGGAAUUUGUGAAGCGUGCUGGUUAUUUACAGCCCCCUGUUUCUGCAGGCUGAAGCUAAGGCUAAGUCAGAGGCUGUGUGUUUAUUUUGGUGCAGCUGAUGGAGGGAUGCUGCGCAGUGCGCACCGGCAGAUGUUUAUACGCCGUGUCAUCGUGUGCGCCCAUUAUUUGAGCGUGUAACUCUUCAGGGCCUUUGUGCGUCAUAUAUUUGUUGACAAAUGGCACCAGCGUCAUAAAAGGGUAGCUACUUAGCAUUUUAGGCAAAGGGGAGAAAGUACACUGUGUUAUGGACCCAAAGUAAGUGACAUCAGUCGUGACAGGAUGCUUGGCGCUGCAGAAUGACCUUGCAGCCAGGGGCGCCAUCAGGGAUUUUCAGCCCAAUUAAACAGUUUAUGUUGGGCUCGACCAUCAUCACCAUGUGCCUCACCAACUCUGUAAUUUCUGACCUCUCUGGUAUCUGUAACCAGAACCCAAUGUACCCAAAUGACCCAACACAUGCAGGCAUCACAGUCUCGUUUUGUCCAGCACCUUGGGUCCAAUAUUUACUGCAGUGAGCCAUAGAAAUAUCACAGGGUGCACUCAUGCUCUUAAUAUUCUUGAUAACAUCAGUGAUAAAAUUAAAGAAAGAAAUUGCAACAAAAAGUUAAUAUGAAUGUGACUUAAAUAAACAGAGGGGUAAGUCAGUUUGGAGGCUUUCUUGAUGUAAAUAAAAAAAGGAUAUCAAGUUUAAAUAUUUCAAGAAUGGUCAGGCUCUAAUAUUUCAUUUGCAUUGACUGUCACAGUCACAGGCUUACAGAAACUAUCAAACUCUACUCUUCAUACUACAGCUCUGCUUACAGCAUCUAUGUGAAGAUAAUGCUUUGGAUCUGUUUUUUUAAAUGCUGCAAAUACACAGUCUUUAUGAAACAAAGGUUGGAUCAAAUUGGCUUCUACCACAAGUUAUUUCAACCCUAGUGACCUGUUUAUUCAUUUGACGUCACAGCUCACAGUGAGAGUCAAACAAAAACUGGACUCAAGAAUGUUUUACUCCUGUCUUUACAAUGUCUUUAAAGCAUUAGACAGCAGAUAAGUCACUCUGUAUAUAAUCUCACUGUACAGAACAACUGAUUGCAUGCCCAACAACUUUGACUAUGUAUCGCUUCCCUGUGCAAAGCAUUCUGGGAUAUGAAGUAUGCAGACCUGUCUAGCAGCUCCACUUUUAUCGUCUUUCCUUGAGUAUGUUAAAACUAUGCAGGUAAAGAGAACAAUGAUGGACUGUUUGGAAAAUUAAGCAGGUUUCAUAGAAAAAAGGACUAAAUUCAGAGGGACCAGUGGAGGUCGGCAGCACAUCUCAGGGCAAAUUUGUCCCCAUUGUUUGAUUAAUCCAUUUGUAAUUGUUUAGUUUUAAGUGGUUUCUUUGUGUAUUAUGUGUCUUUCAUAGUCCUAUUGGCUCUGUAACCUCCAGACUUGUUUGGUAAUCCCUCAGUGCAUUUUAGUUGCAAUUUAUUUAUGAAGCUAAAAACAGUCUGCUGUUUCUAAAAUUGGAACCACACAGAAAAGUUCAGCUCUGGUCACUUGUUCUUGCUGCAGCUAUUUAAGUGAGACUAUGUGGACCAAUAACAAAUAUAACCAUCAAAUCAGUGCUUCCACUUCUUUGAAAGUGUUAAUAUCAUCGUUUCAUGUCUCAUUGUUUAGCCUUUAAUUCUAUGGGAAUAAACUGUCCAUGUUUACUGAAUGCUGCUCUCCCCUCCUUCUUAUUUGGACUGCAGUUGUGCUGAGCACAUGAGUUGCUCUUACUGCCCAUAAAGAACAGCACACAUUUAUGUCAAAGGGGUUUAAGCCUGUAUCAGCAUGAGAAACACUUUAAUCCCAGUUGUUUGCACUUAACAUUCAAGAAAGAUUGUGUUAAUAAAGCUGAGUGGCUGUGAGGGAAAGAACAUAUUUAUCAGAUGAUGAAUUCAUCAUGUUAUCUCAUUCUCACGUAAAUGUGUUGAUUUGAAUUUACAUGUUUUUCCACAUUAUGUUUAAGAAAAUGUAUGCUUUAAUGUAAUUAAAUGGCCUCUUGGACUCAGCAGAUGCAAGCUCUGCACACGUAGCUGCAACACAAAUCCCAUUUUUUUUUUAUGAGAGAAAUUGUUAAAAUGCUCAAUCACUAGUUUGAUGGCAGUUUCUUAUUUAUAUAGCCAGAAAAAAAUGGACUCUAUAUAGGCCUUCGUGUGUGGCUCUGUUGUGGUCACAAAAACCAUUGAGUAAAAUAUUUGGCCAGCUUUUAUCAGACUGCUAGUCAAUGUGAUAUUAGACAAUGAUAAAACACUAGCUGGACUGUAAUUUACAAGUGAUUAGAGUGGACGUUUGUGUCCAAAGCUCUCUGGAUUUCUGUGGUAAUAACAAAGGAAUCAGUGAGUCUGCGAGCAGGUGAAGCCUCCCCAUUGUGUAAGUGUGAGGUAUGAAGUACUUCAUCUUGUUCUCUGAUCAAUGUUGCUGCGUAUUCACACUGCAGAACUACUCUGAUAAGCUUAUGUAGGAGCACAGACUCUGCUCAGCCUCUCUGGUGCUCUUCUGUCACUCUUGUUUUCACUUUAUUGAGAGUUGCAAAAACAAUCAAUCAAUCAAAUUUUAUUUAUACAGCACCAAAUCACGACAGUAAUUAUCCCAAGAUGCUUUCCAAAAAAAAAAAAAAAAGGAGCAGGUCUAGACCAUGCUAAUUUUUUGAUGAAUUACCAAGACAGGACAGAUUUGACCCAUCUCAUCUAACAUGACUGACAGUGGCAAGGAAAAACUUUCUUUUAACAGGCAGAAAGCUUGAGUGGGACCUAGACCUAAACACACUUUGAAAUGGUACCAAAUCUGACAUUUGACCAGCUAGAGCACACCCACUAAGACACAUAUUUAGAAAUCCAAAUAAAAUCAAUUGAUUACCUCACAUCACCUUUAAGUUUACCUUGCACCCAGCUUCUAAACAAGUGGCAUUUAAUGCAUUUUUUGCCUAAUAAAACCACUAAUAUAAUCCUUGAUGCAGUGAGAUAUGUAGGUUGUUCAGAUGUGGUGAAAAUGCAAUGCUACUCAUUUCAUGUGUGCAUUACAAACACCAUAAGUGUGCAGGAUUUUGUUUGUGUUUGUGGAAACAUGCAUAUGGAUUUAAUUGCAAUGCAAACAAACACAAAACAACACAUGAGCAUCUGAGAGGAGCAGGAACAAGAGUUAAACUCAGCAAAAUAACACCACCACCAAUAUUUCAACCUGUUGCAUUUGCUCAUUGUAUCCCUCAGAUAAUCAAACUGACUUUGUAGAGGAAGGCUGACAGGGUAGAGUAUUUUAUAUACUUGGAUUAGUGAUUUCUGAGUGUCUGCAAAAAGCUGCAAAAGCGUGAAACAAAACAAUGUGCUGACUCAUGCUAUGAGGGUCCAUGAAUGUGCCUGCAUCCCUGCAACCUGUGAGUAGCUGUUUCCUAAAGUUUUAACCAUUUUGUAAGAAGCUGCUGGAUGUAUGACAGAGAGAUAACAGUGCAUAUGUCAGUGCAGCAGUAUCAUCUUGAAUGAGGCCUGAUGUAUAAAGACAGUGAAAGCGAUUCAUGUGGGCAGACUCGAGUCUCCUCCCACACAGUAAUACCAUGAUUGUAGCUAUUGAUUUCCUGUUUGUGUCGAUGCUCUUUGCUCGUCUUGCUUCUGUGAAAAAUAGUUCACACAGACUAUUAGCAGGAUCACUUAGACUGCAGCACUCUGGCACGUUUUUUAAUUGCUGCUGCUGGCCUCACUAAUGACAAACUCACAGUGAAAUAUAUAUUUAGGGCUUUUGACCUGAUUAAGAUGAUGAGUUUGCCCAUCAUCUCAGAUAAGGGAGCAGAAUGGAUUAUAUCACAUCAAGUCAGACCCUGUACAUUUUACUCAGAACAUCAGACAAAUCGUGUCAAAACCAAACAGUGACCAAAUAUAGGGUUAAAAUCAAAUUAAGGUGUAAGAAAGUUGAAAAGAAGUCCUUAUUACUAAUACUAAAUGCCUGAAGUUUAAGUUUUUUUUUUAAGAUUUGGGAAAAUUGCAAUGUCAGGCUCUCCCCUCUCCUCCUCCUCCUUUUCUGUGUUGCGUUACUUUAAAGUCUAGUAAGGACUGUGAUGUAGCUUUUUUUGCUGUGUGCUGCUGGAUCCUAGCCUAGCCUGUCAGCAUCUGCUGCAGCACUGUGGUGACUCUGCAGGACCAGCCUGAUCUGUACACGCUGUGAAAACCGAAGUGUUGUUUUCAUCCUGUGUUCACUGGGUAGAAAUGUAAUACAUUUUCAGAGUAGGGUUGACUCUUCUGAAGCACAACCACGCUUCACACUGGUAUGAUUCAGUUUUUGGACUCUAUGCCUGUAUUUCCCUGUAAAAAGGAGACCUUGUUGUUUAUGAUUGUGUUAUGAUGUGUGGAUUUAUACUGUCACCAAUUUGAUUGAUUGAUUCACAGCCAGGACAGCCUUCAAUGCAGUGACUAAAUGUACCAGCAUGCAUUGCUGUUCCUUCUUUGUGACAAAAUGCAAAGAACACAUAACAACUUCAUAUUUUUCAGAGGAUUGAAAGAGCCCACCAGACCCAUCAAACUCAGUUAACCAGUUAAGAUUCACAACAGUACGCCUCUUUUCUCCCUCAAGUGAUUAUCUUAAUCAAAGGAAGAUUUAAGCCUCACUUUCCAGUUCAAAUCCACAAUGAAAAUCACUGAAACAGUGGGACUGAAUGGGCAACUGUUGCUCUAAUGCAGCCAGCUCCAUCUGGCAUCUCUGUGUUGUAAAAUACUACAAAACACAGAGCCAGCCAGACCAGACACUACUUUUUUGGAGGCUGUUUCAUCCACUGCAUGGGAGUCAGUGGUAAAAGUAGAGGAGGUGGAUUCAGAACCACUGGGUUCUUCUUUUUGCUGAUGGGUAAAGGAUACCCUCAGCAUUCGAUAUGUGUGUAUAUUGUCCCAAAAAUGAAGUAAUUGAGUUCAGACUACUGAAACUAGACAUUUAAAACGCUGUAAACAGGUGAGUGAACCUGGAGCCACACUGAAUUACACUCAUCAUAGCCAGAUAACUUAUCAAGAUAGUGUUGGAUUUUAUGCCGUAUACAUCUCCCUCAAUCAGGCUAAAAAUGGCUUUUGCAUUUUGUGUGUGCUUAAAUGUGUGUCUUGGUUUGUGGGAAGGCUUGACAUCAAUCCAACGCAGAGAUUGUGCACAUUGGCUCAAAAAAAUGUCCGGAAGGCUGAAUAAGUUUACCUCUUUCUCAUCAGUUAAACAUGCACUUUCAGAGGCUCCCCUCCUGUCUGCAAAUAAAGUCCCCUCCUAAAACUUUGUUAAAGAAAAGUUUGCUGCCUUCUGGUCUAAGUGCCGCCCAAGGCCACUGCAAUUAUUUUUUUCUUUUCAAAGAAUAAUGUUACUUUCCAGCACAGCACUCAUAUGAAGAGUGUAGCCUUUUCAUAUACCUCUUUAAGAGUAUACUCUUAUAGAGAAUACUUUUAAAAAGCUAAGCAGUACAAGCCAAGUAUACAAAUAUGUAUUACUAUUGAAAUACUUGCAUACCAAAAGGUAAUUUUAAUUACAAUCCAGAGUCAGCGUGCAGAUAGCCGAGUGGAUUUAAGUGUGCCCAAUGUUGGGGGCUGUGGUCACAGGAUUUGAUUCCUGUCCUGACCAUGUCAUGCUGUAUUAAAUUAGUAAACUUUGUAGUACACUAAAAGUACAUGGUAGUAUACUUGAUAAAGUUAUAUUUACACUCAAGCAUACUUAAUAAAAUUAUCUUUAAGUACACUACUUUUUGCUGAGGGAUACCUCUUUUCCUGUACAACAGCCACUCCUAGAUCUAAACAGUGGAUCGUUAGCUUUAAAAACUCUGUAAAGGCCCAUUCACACUAAGCAAUCUGUACACAUUUCACCCUCAAUGUCUGGUUUUCUCCUCCAUUUUCAAAUAUAUCCUAUCCACAGCAAAACCCAGAAGGAUUGAAAAUGCUCAGAUAAGUAUGCCAGACCAGAGGGUGGCAAAAACUAAUAACCAAAGGCUGUAGGAAGACUCUGUGAGCAUUUCUUUAUAUACAAACAUAGAGAUAUUAUGAUGACAGCUAGAUUUCCCUGCAAACGUAACUAAACUGAGUACCAAGCAGACAUUUAUCGGCAGUCAUACUCCAAAUUAACAACAAUUUCCAUGCCUAAGUUGAGAUAGUGACAUCAGCGUCUUUUAAGCUUUUGUUUCUGUCCACAUGAGCACACUGACAACAGAGCUUUUUAAAAGCUCCACUUUUGAAUGUGUUUUUGGAAACUAUUUUAAUUUACUCAGUUUGUAUGAGAGCAAACGGCCAAAACGCAGAGAAAAAGCAACAGUUUUAAAAAUACCUAAAUACAUGUGGACUGGGCCUAAUAAUUUAUGGCAUUAUGUGGUGAUGAUGACGAAUCUACAAGAGGUAACCUAGUUAGGCAAGGAGCAAUGUGGGUGCAAACCAGCGAAGGACUUGAGCAGAGACUAACCAAGUACAUAAAUACUUCUCUUUACUCUUAAUACUUAUUGGUCUUGAUAUCUCUCAAGGUUUUCUGAAGUAUAAGUGAAAGUAACAAAAGUAAGUAGUAAAAAAAAUGUGUUUUUUAUUGUUUUGUACUGGAUGCUAGCUUAAGCACACUGACUCAGCACAUUUUUAACUCCACACAUUAAAAAAUGAGCAAAAACACAAAGGGAAAGAUCAUGCACAAAGUCGGUUAAAUACAUAACACUGAUCCAUGAUUCAUUGUCUCUUUCUGAUCUGGGUCCAAACACCAGACUGGCACUAUGCUAAAAAAAGCCCCAGAGGCACUUAGGAUGAGCAACAGUGGGCACAUGAACACAUGCAGGCCUACAUAUACAUCCUCAGGGUUGAUUGGGUUUUCUGGAUUAACAGCAGUGACUCAGUGUUGGCUCCAGCAGCUGUCUGUAAACCUGUGUUUGCCAGCAUUUGCUUGUUUCUCAUAUGGGAAUGCACAAGGUGUUCACGGAUACUCUUGAGCUUAGCUGAUGUGAGUCAUGCUUUCCCACUCACGCACACCUUCCCGAACCUGUCUUGAUCGUUGGGGUACAAGUUGUGAGUUGCUUUUUGACUGCAAUUUUGUCUCUCUUUUGUGUUUUUGCAUCUUUCAUUCAAGUACACACAUACACCCCUGCACUAAACAUUUGACUAAAGCUCGUAUCAUUGCAAACGGCAAGGACGGAGAAACUGCAGCAUUUCCUCUGCUGCAGACACGAGGGAAUUAACAAAGGGUGUGUGUGUGUGUGUGUGUGUGUGUGUGUGUGUGUGCACGUGCGCGGCAAUGUCCCUUCAAACUUUUGUGUGUCAUUUUAGCACACUGAACAAAAUAGUGCACCACCUCCUCUUUUCAUCUUAUUAGCACCCCCUCCUCUAUGUCUCUCCCCUACUUACCCCCCUUUAACCCCUUAUCUCCCCUCCCUACCUAGUCUGUGUUUCUGUCAUGUCAGCACUGACGCUGCUUGCUGAUGACCUCACUCAGGAUGCGUAUGGCUGGUGAAAGUGUUACAUAACAGGCCUAGCUUCAUAAAUCCUGCAUGAUGUGCUGUCAUGUGGUUUGAUCUGUAGUGACGGUGGAUAGAAGUGGAGAAGAUGCCGCCUGCUCCGUGAGAUUUGAAUAUUGUCAUCCCAGUUCAGGGAACGACAAAGUUACACAAUACAGAAAGAGCCUUUAUGUCAGGAUUUUUUUAGCUGUGCAAAGAGAAUUGUGUGUGAUCCAGGAAAAAAAAUAACAGGAGAUUUUAUUCAGUCUUUGUAUUUGCAUACAUUUCUUCUUAUUAUUAUUAUUUUUUUCAAUAUGUGAAAGGUAUUAUUCUGUUUCCUCUCCUGAAGCUUUAAUUGCAGAGUGCAUAAAAAAACAGAACAAAGGGGGAAUUAGUAUGAAAAAAACAAGCUAUUCCCCUACAAAACCCUCAGCAAAAUCAACACGAGCAAAAAUAAAAAUAAUCCAUUAUUAUUGUAACAUGAUCAUUCCAGAUGGUCACCUCUGUUACUGGUCAGCGUGUGAUUUGUGUGUUUCGUGCAAAAAACCUUGUGCCUUAAGCAAGAACGAGGAUUAAGGAUGAGGUUAUUAAGUACAGACUUAUUGUGUGAUGGAAAAAAGGGGCAAAUUCAGAGGUAAAGCAUGAGACAGAGGGAUUUUUUUUUUUUUAAUAAAAACUGGAUUCUGCAUCAGACUAACAGGAAUACUGACAGUAUAAUUUAAGGUAAAGAAGCCGGAGUUUUUAACAAUUAAUUUUCCAAAUGAAUCCCUGAUGUCUUUGUGAGCAUCUCUACACAAUUAUUCAGGCCUAAAAUCAAGUGAAUACGAUACUGAUUAUGGCAAAGCAGGUUGGCUGAUAUUUAGUGCUGAUAUUCACUGUUUUUUUCUUUUCUCUUUUUUGUUAAUUUGUCAAUUUUUUGCAAUUGAGAAAGCAAGUACUGUAACAAAUUGAAAAAAAAUUGCUGAAAUUUAGUGAAUAUUUAUUCACAUUAAUGUGAAUGGAAAACUACUCAGAACUUUUGAACCUAAACUUGUUGAGAAUGAACAAUAACUCAAGUGAAUAGAUAUUGAAGGUUAAAAUAAAACAGAAUCAUUAUUUAAUACACAGUAAAAUCUAAUAUAAAUGGUUUUCUUAGCCAGUACUAUAUUUUCAAUGCAUUCUUAAUGGAUCAAUGGAAAGAUAUGUUGCUAAACAAGGCCCGCAUUUCUGUCAAUCCUAAAUAUUACAAUACAAUACAAUACUUAAACACGUCAAUGACUAUUUGUGGUUUAAUAUUCUGUUAAUAAAUGGAUAGAUAUUUAACAAAUAUGAUGGUGAUAUCGGCCUUGUCAGGAUCAAACAUUUUGCUUAACAAAACUCACAAAACAGGAUAAUCCAGCAAGAUAAUCUGAAUAUUAGUCCUGUUCAGACUUGUGUCAGAAGAGAGGAUUCAGGACAAAAAAUCAGUGUGAUAAUCCUGCAUUGUGCUCCCCACUUUAGGACCACAUCAAGUAAAAAAGAGAGUUUUGAGGAAAAAAGUGAUACAUUUACAAGAAUUAAUUCAUAAAUUUAAAAGAUUAAAGGUGUUACCUAACUAACCAUUUUCUUGACUACACUAUCAUUCUUAACUUGGAAUCAGUGCUUAUCUUCGUAGGCUGAGUGGUGGAGCUCCCUGGUCGUUGGCGUUUCCCUUUAAGACGAAGACUGUGAAUGUGAUGCAGCAUGUUCCCACAGACACACACACUCACAAAGACACAGCUCCCAUCUGACCAUUCUUUUGAGACCACUCCAAGCAAUGAUGCUGCAAAAUUACCAAAAAGAAACUGCAGAAAGACUAAAUAAAAGCUCAUGCAAGAGUGAGCUCUGUGUUACACACAGGAUGUGAAUAAAUAACCUGUUAUUGAAGUGAGGCAGAUGAGCGAGAAGAAAAUAUCAUUUCUAUUACUCCAGCUGUAUCCUCAUUUUACAGACAGUAGGAGGAGAGAGGACAGAUUUUUGGAGUCAGUCAGGGUUGGCGGAGGUUCAAACACAGCAUGCAGGAAGGUGACCUUAAACUGAAGCGUGCAUUCAUACGCACGCACAAAUCUGCCCCUAAAGAGCUUAUGAACAGUGUAAAAAUUCAUUAUUGACAUCAUUAAUCCUCCUCUUCCCCUCAGUUUACUCCUCCCUUCUUUCCACCUUUGUGAGGUCACUGACAGGGAUGAUUAUUAAAGGUUGAUGAGACACUCUGUCCUCAUCUCACCGCAUCCACACCGCCACGUGUGUGUGUGUUUGCGUGUGAGAGAAGAGAGUACUCCAGGAGGCUCAUGGGAGCUCUCACACAUGUGGAGAAGUACACUGUACUGAACACACUGAUGUCUGUCCUUAUGUUAAGAUGCAGUUGCAAAUGUCAACUCCCCUCUCUCUGGUACUUGGCCUGAGAUAAGACAGGUGAGUGAUGAUUGGUUCAUUCUCCUUGAUGCUCAGGCUCUGAUUGGCUGCCUCAACUUGAUGUUCGGUCUUUGCCAGCCAAGUGUCAGCUUGAUUCUGCAGCACCAUGUUGAGUGCUGAGGCAUCAGGAGCCAAACACACACUGUCAGCAAAGCCAGUGUGUGAUAAUGACCUUAAUAAACCCCUGUUUUUGUCACUUUCUCAGGCUGUCACCGCUCUGUUGACCUCUCACUCUUCUCUUGGUUGUCUGGUUGUGUCUGUUUUUUUCCCUCCAGGCUCUCAGUGUUGAGCUGAAGGAGACAGAGAAACUGAGGACAGAAGGAGCUUGAGGAGCUUCAGCAAGAGGCUGUCUGGCCCCAUGUCUGCCCCUGCACCAGCCAAUAGGAGGACUGGGUUGGGCUCACGUCGGUAGGUAGUUCAAGAGGCUCUGUUACCAGUGUUUCUGUAUUGUCCUUUACAUUUGAGAGUGGGGUAUUUAAAAGAAAACCUUCAUUUAGGAAGUGUGAAAGGAGCAGGGCCUCUUUUUAACAAGCAUCUCAGUAUUAAGUGUCCCAUAACUGCGGAGGUAAUGCCAGUCUGACUUUUCAAAUUAAAAGUAUUACAUAUUCAUGAUAUGAGUUUAUUUCUGUCUUUGCUGGUAUUUAUUUUUUAAUGUUAGAACUUGUGCAGGGUCCAGAGAAAAAUGAUACUUCUGAUAGUGAGUAGUGUCGGUUUCAACCACUAUUGCAUUAAUAAUAAGCCACAUUUUUAUAGCUAUUUGUGUCCUCAGUACUUGACAGAUUCAUUUCUUUUCCAUGAGCUGCAUCUUAUUGAUCAGACUGAGAAGACAGAUAAGGUUACACCUCAGGAAUACCUACAUUGUCCUGGGCAGUGAAAGAGAGGAUGCUCCAAAUGGAAAAUCCAAGAAGCUACAUUUCCAGUUCAAAACAAAAUUUGGAGGCUGUGAUAAAAACUGAUUUUGAUGGUUUGUAAAAAGGGAACAAAGAAGACCAGUUUCUGGAGUUCUUGAAGUGAAAUGUUCCUUCAUACUUGUCUCAUGAAGAAUUUCAGUCUCUUUUGACCUGUUCUAUUUUUUUCUGACAUGAUGCACUAAAUGCUUUAAGAUUUCAGACAUGUCUGGACUGCAGACUAGUUGAGCUCCUGGACUCCUCUACUACAGAGCCAUGCUAUUUUAGUAUGUGCAGAUUGCAGCAGGUCUUCCUGAGGAUGGCAGCACAUGUUGCUCCUAAACCUAUUAAUAUUCUUCAGGAUUGACGGCACCUUCCAAGAUGUGCAACCCACCCAUGCUAUGAACAUCUGUACAUCCCCAUAUCUUCAUGGAUGCUGGCCUUUGAACUACACACGAAUAACUAGCAAGGUGUAAUAUUCGGCAUCCAUGAUUUCCCAAAAGAACUUCAAAAUUUAACCAAGCCACCAGCACUUUGAUAUCGUGUUUACACAUGGUCCUGACAUUUCAAUUAUGCCACUGUCGACUUUCUAAAACCUCUAAACUCUAAAAUCCAGUCUCUCUCCUCCUAAAAGUUUGCAGUCUUAGUUUAGGUUGAAGCACAAACCCAAGGAGGGAUUCUGAGAAGCUUGAUAAAUACAGGCCCAGAUACCAGCUGUACAAGUAGGAGUCCUGGAGGAUGGGCUCUGAUGCCACAGCUGUUUUAAUACUUUCUUUUCUUUGCUUUUGUUGAGGCUGUCUGCUGGGUUCUUCUGUAGUUUAGUUUUGUUACUACUUGACUGUGAAACUCUGACAAAAUCUCACUGGCAAUAGUGCACUUUGUUUGUAAAAGGGUUUGUUUUAUUUUGUUUAUGUGUACAGCAUUACUGCUCCUUGUUUUUAACACUUUCUGAGCAUAAUUUCAUUUAAUUGUUCCAGAUGUUAUAUGUCUACACCACCUUUCAAUCAAGGACAUGUUACAAACAGUUUGAAUUGAUUUGGGGUUGCCAGGUUAGUCUUGAGACUCUGGCCGGUGUAGAAAGGGGAAUCCUCCACAAUAACAGAAGAGUUUACAGAUGACUGUUUUCCUAUCAGCCUUAUAUUAAUUAGGGAAAGUGUAAUCUGAAAAUUAAGGACUUGUUGGGGGUUAUUUUUGUUAAAUUUAUCCAUGUCCAAUGAUCGUUUUUGCUAAAAGCAGCUAAUUGAGGUUAUCCUAACUUUGAUCAGAAGGUCCUAUGUGUGUGAAAAUGCACUGUAGGCUUGUGGCAUCAGAUUUUUCAGCUGUAAUGCAAAAUAAUCAAGUCUUGCCAAGUGUUUACAUCAAAUUUGUAACAAGAAAUGUCUCAUUAGAUUUGACAAAAAAACACAUGGACACAAACACCCAAAAACCACAUUUUUUCCCUACCAUCAGCCUGCUUAUUCCACUGUAUGGCUUAUAUCAGCCACAGAUAUGGCGGUGUGGAUGCAGGCCAAUAAAAGGUCCCAUGGUAAAUAGUUCUCAGGGAACACUUGUGGGUUUUUAAAGAAGUUUGAUGGUGUGUUUGUCCAAAAAACAGCAGAAAAAGACCUUAUUUCUGGCCUCUGAUGGAAAGUAGACUUGUGCACUUUGAAUUAGAAUGGUGUGCUUCAUGUUGUACCCCAGAUUCAGACACAAGUUCAAAAUUGCAAAACUCUUGUUCUAGAAUGCAGGAACUAUUGUAAAAUUCAGAUCAGUAAGUAAUAGAAAAUGUUUUCAUGUUUCAAAUUAACAAUGUGAGAGUUUUCUAAACCUGGCAACCCAAAAGCUCCAAUUCAUAUUUUAAAGCCCUGAAAUUAUGGAUGUACAUCCUGAACCUGUUAUAAAAGGGUUUCAUGUUAGAUGGUGGUACCUUGAACCCUUCCCCAGCUCCCCUUUGUCCUCUCCUUCUCUAUUGCGGUCAAGGGGGGUGGUGUCACCAUGGAACCCCAGUUUGUGUUUGUAGUAUUCAGUCAGCUCUAAUGAUCCUAGUGGAGGAGCUCGGAUAGUAUUGACAAGAUGAUGGACUUAAACAGACUUGAUGCCGUCUCCUUGGCUAAAAAACAGCGAGUUUACUAAACCUGAGCACAGUUUAUUGAGUGUGUUAACGUGUUUUUCUCUUACAGCAAAUGGACUGCCUUGCCUGCUUUAAAAGAUAAGAUUGGGCGAUUUAGGUUUUAUGGUCUGUUGGGUGUAGUGAUGACUUUUUUCACAUCUAAUAUUCUCAAGUCAUCUUGCCACAGUCGGAUCCAAAAGUUGUAGGUGCUGUUGAGCUACAGCAGGUUAAAUCUGCAGCUGUGGUGUCUUCCUCUCUCCUGUCUUUUCCUCAGAUUCAACCCUCUGAAGGCGCUGCAGCCAAAACGACGCUUGCAGCAGAUGCUUGCGUCCUCGCCCGUCCCGGUGCCGAAGCCGGCGUCAGGGUCUGGGUCGGGGACGGCUGCAUCAGGGGCCACAGCGCCAGUGGCUGUUCCUGUGCCCGCGCCCCCUGCGUGAGAAUCAUUUCAAUUAACAGUCUGAGAUAGCAUGCUCUGUAGCUGUAGCUCCAGCAUGCACCAAAGCCACUGAAACAGCACACAGGCAAAAGUUAUGCCACCUGUUUCACUGAGACAUGGUUUUCCCUCCAUUUUACAUUGAAAGUUUGCCAAACCUUUCCCCAACCAUAGUUUUGCAAGCUGGGUAAGACCCUGAUCAUGCAUAUGGCACAAAAUGAGGUUUUAGCUAUGAAGAACAUAUUUACGAAGCAUCUUCACAAGUAUUUUUGUGUGUAACAGAAAAGCCAAAACUUAAGAUGCUUGCAGCAGAUACUUGUCCUUUUUGUCAGCUACAAGCAUGCUAACAAACAAGGCUAGUCUGAAUUUAUAAGACCUCCUUUAAUUUCUUUAAGGCUAGCUCUGCUUAGGAUGAGGCCAACCUGGUCCCAUAAAAAUUCAUGGAUAUGGCUCAAAGUGUUUUAAGUUAAAAGUUGCUCUUAGUAUAACUCCAUUUGCACACUGCCUCAUCAAGUGGAGAAAUCCAAAGCUUGACAUGCCAACUUAACUUUAAUUGGCCGAUCAAUUUCUCCAGGUUGGGUUUAGUAAACAGUCAGUAUCUGCAGUUCCUCCCUGCCUACCUAAUUUAUAGAGGGUGAAACAUGAAGUGUUAAUUCAGAGGUUGAAGUCUCAUGCUACGUUCCAGUUACCUCAGAAGUCAGAUGUUGGAGCUGGGAAUGGCAUUACAACCGAGUUGACAGCAUUUCAGUAAACAAGUCGGAAAUCAAAGAUGGACGCCUAGUGUUAGCCAUUGUUAGCUGUCGAUAGCCAUUGUCAGUUGUUGUUGUUAGGGGUUGUCAGCUGUUGUUAGUUGUUGUUGUUAGCUAUACCAGUUGUAAACAACCCAUAACACAGUAUUUUACUCUUACAAACUCCAUAGCACCGUGUUCACAGUUAGAUGUUGGGCAGUACGACAUAUACCACUUCUUUAAUUUCACAAAAACAAAACAGAAGCGCUAAUAAAUAAUACAUUACGAGAGCUUUCACUGUUACUCUUUACUGUUGACGCUCUUGUUGAUGCCAUCUUGGAUUAUGACAUCAUCAAGUUGGGGUUAGUGAGGAUUGUCCGACUUUCUGAGUCAGAAAUCUGAUGUCAGGGGGGAGUCCUAGAUAAAUUUCCAACUCGGAGCUCGAAAAUCCCAACUUCCAAGUACAACUGGAAUGCAUCAUCAGUCCCUUUAUAAAUAACAUGAAAACAACACCUAACACAGAUCCUAACUUGAGCUCUCAGCGUCCUUCAAACAAAAGCAUACUUACCAUCACGUCACAGUAUUUUUAAGUCUAUAGACACUCUGGAAGGCAAAAGAGAAACCCUGAUCUAUGUAGGGCUGUGGAGGCACACUGUGAUCACAAGCUGUCCCCGGUGUAACACAGCUGCUCAAUCAACAGCACCACGAGUCUCCUCUUUUACACUCACUAACCAAUUUACAACCAGGAGGCUAAUGAGACAUCGAAGAAGGAAGUCCUGAACAGUUUCAAGCCCAACCACACUGUGGUAAAUCUGGUGAAAGGCAACAUGAAUAGUUCUUAACUGACUGAAACUGAUAAAGAUGCCUUCUCCAACAAGUCUGAUUAUUUCACUGCAGUAAUUUUUAAUGUUUAAAAUGCUAGGGACGGGCGGGCUGGGGGGGUGAGUGUCAGACCAGAUGAUUGACAGCAGGUUGAAGAAACAGCUUUUUGAAUUUUUACACAGCACAACACUCACAGUGAGCGAUACAUUUCAGCUUUUAGGGACAACAGGAUCAGGUUUUUGUCUGAAAACACAACUUUUACAUGUAAGGAACUAAAGGUAGAAGGUAUCACUUUGUCCAUAUGGGGGACCAAUACCAACAUAAACCAAAAUUUCCUCACAGCAGCUUUAACACCCACAGACAACCAGUUAAGGCUCAGGCUCUGAACAGUUUCCUCAGACAUAUACUGAAUUUUGUCACCACACAAGUCAACUUAAGUUACUCAGUUGGACUUACAAAUAGUCGCAUGCACACACUACAAGGAGCCAGCAAAUUUCCAAAAUGGUAUAUUAAACAGUUUACUGCAAGCAGAACAAAUUAGAGAUGUUAAAGUGGCUUGUAGGCCUGCUAUGGCAGUAUGAUCAGGAUAAAGUCAGUUAUUUAACAGAUCAAUUAAAGGAUGCUGAAAUAAAUAGAUCAUGAUGAAGUUCAGUCUUGUUUACAGUGACAGAGUAGAGAGAGAAGCUCAAAAUCUGGCAACUUAAAUAAACAGCCAAACUGGAAGUCAUUGGAAGUGCAUGCCAAGUCACCUAGCAGGUGUUCAAACAUAGAGGCAUGCAAGCUACGUCUAAACAGCAGUUUUUUUGACCAGACACAUUAGAAAGACUCAAAGUAUUUGCACAACUUCACCAUUCACUACUUCACCCUCUCAAAUCAGCCCCUGACUCAUGGGCAACACUCAACUUCUACAGCCCACCUCCACCAGACAGUUAACCACCUCUCACAGUCUAGACAACACUGAUGGGAUGUUGGAUGGUUCACUCAGCCCCUCUCCAGGCUCACUGCUUCAGCUUCCCUCUGCCUGUCUCUGUUCAGUUCCCACCUUUGUCAUAUAUUGAUCUCUUGGGAACCACUGAGUAGUGAUCAAUAUCUGGCCUUCUCCCUUACUGAAUCACACAGGACAUGUAAACUCUGCAAAAGUCUUGGAGUUGCAAAAGAAAAGAAGGUUUUAGACCAACAUGUAAGAUGAAGGCUUUGUUUGGUACAGUCAAUUUGCUUCAUUUUUUUCAGGUUGGUAGUGUGGGAAAAAGGUGAGAACCCAGAUGCAGAUAAUCAAAAAUGACUGGUGCCAUGCAGUAUGAAGCACAAAACAAGGCUGCAAUGUCUGUCAAAUGAAGGGUAUGCAAACAUCUUUGGAGCACAAAAAGCUGCAGGAUAAAUUUAACAGGUCUGAAAAACAACAAGAAACAAAUAGACAAAGAUGCCUUUGAGUCACAGCUGAAAGAAAACAGAAGAGCUCAAACGAAUUUAGAAGCUCUCCUCAAAAUCUCAUUAAGCAAGAUUUUCCUUUACAGUGUCAAGUCCACAGUAAAACCAAGAGCUUUCAUGAACCAACAAGCAUCAGCAUGGUAAUCUGUUUGAUAUUAACUCAGCGAGGGAGGACCCGAAAGCAGAGUGUCAGAUGUGUUUGAUUCAAAGAAAAAGACUCACCGUAAUUGAGUCUGUGGGAAGCAGGAAGGAGUCAAAGAUCUGGAGAAACAGUGUGUAAAAACUACAAUAAAGAGGUUCACACCACAAACAAGCUUUGAAGAUGAAGUGGGAUUUCUAACACUGAGUAAACGGAGGCGACAAAGGUAAUCAGGCAAAGGAAAGGUGGGCGACAAAAUGAAAGAGGAAGUACACAACAAGAAAAUACACAAAAUAUAAUUAAGACUAGACAGAUGUUUUCUCAGUGGUUAAUGCCAGAGCUUUACAUGGUAAAAAAAAAAAAAAAAAAAAAAAAAAAAAAAGAGGGGUAAAAUACUGUCCUUAUUCAGGUGUAUAUUGUGCAGCCAGUGUCCCUAAGUCAUCAGUUAUUGACAGACUCAGUCUAAGUAGUUAAAAAAGAUUUUUUCAGUAUACCUUUAUUGAAAAAAGAAAAAGAAAAAACUAGUUCAGCGUCAGUUAAGUUGGCUUUGGAGAGAGGAAGAGAUCUUUACAUAGUGUGUUUGGAGAGGACAGGAAAGGGUAAGAAGUCCUGGUACCCAAAAGGGGUUACAUCCAGAAGUGAGGUAUUCUGCACACUGGGGCGUCGCAGCUCUCUUAAAGCACCAGUUAGCUCUGUUGAAUGACUGAGCUGAGUGUGAGGAUGAUUUGAAAAAUCACAGCUUGACUUGUUCAACAGAGAGCCUGAAGAAAAAACAGUUUUUCAAUAUGUGAAAGUUUAAUUGCAAAGUCAGAACAUUCUUUUUUUUUUUUUUUUUUGAGACAAAGCCUAAAAUUUUAAAUACUGCAUUUGAUCAGUUAAUGAUACCGAUUUUUAAUCUCAAAGAACCCAUCAAUAAAGAUAUAUAUAAAAACAACAUUUAACCAGCAAAUCUGAACUUUGCAUUCUGUAUAAGUUUUGACAAUGAAGAGGGAGUCAUGCAUCUUUGUAUUAGUAUGUUAAGAUAUAGCAAUUAGUUUUUAACACUAAACACAUGGAUUAUCUCCUUGGAAGCACAUAAAGACGGUUUGACUUUCACUUUCAUUUGAUGAUAAUUUUAGGAGAUCAGUCCAUAUAUGACCAAAGAUGUGAAGUAAUUUCAUGUUACCUUUUUUAAACAACAGCUAAAUAAAAUACACUGAGCUACAUGCAACUCUGAAAUCCUCAUGUCCUGUGUGAAAUCCCUCCUUGGCUGCUCAGACUUACCCUGCUUGUCUCUUCCUCCUCCCUUUGCAGAGACCGGUGAUGGAGCAACAGCGAUGUCCUGUUAAAGUGACAGGUCAUUGCUGCUUCACUCACUGUCAUUGAAGAUUCAACGUUGUUGUCUUUUGUUAUCAACAAGCAGUGUCUUAGAUCACCCUUCUUCCUAGAACAAAUGACUUCAACUCUCUGUGUGUACAUAACCAUUGAUUUCCUCAACAGGAUAGAGGCAGAGGGAAAGAUAAAAACAUACGGUUGUUUGGGGUUUUUGUAAAUAUGGUCUCAAAGGUGAUUUUUAUUUUUUUUUUUAAAUGCGUCAAUUGUCUGAUGUUUAUUGUUUUUUUAAGAAUAGUUUGGCUUGGUGAAAAUGGAGUUAGUUGUGGUUUUUGGAAAGAGUGGGAGUAAGGUCAAUGGAAAGCAUCAAUCAGACAGUUUGCUUAGCUUAGCAUAAAGACCAGGAGUAGGGGGCCUCAAUUAAAAAAACUCUAAAUCUACCUGACAGCACAUCAAAAGCAAAAAAUCAAACAGAAAAAUUCACAAAUGUCCACUUCUCAUAUGUUGUUGUGACACUCUUGCUUCUCCAAUAGUUGAACGGCCUCUUGGCUGGACAUUAACCCCAGACUUCCAGCCUUUGUGCUGAGCUAAGCUAACUGGCUUUUGGAUCUUGCUUUACACUUAGCAGACCAUGAUUAGACUGGUGUAUUUCAUUUCAUUAAACUCUCAGCAUUUUGAGUUGGAUGUUCCAUCAAUGUGCUUUGAUUGUGUUGAAUGAAGUUGUCUUCAGUUGGCUAUAUCAUUGGCCGAGGGGCAGUGAGUGACUUUUAUUAUAGUUAGCCACAAGUGGAGGCUAGUAUACGGAAAAAAGGCAGACAUCUUUGUGGUGCAGACUGGCAAGAACACUGGUUAGCCCAAGAGGUUUGAUUGGUCCAUACUGACAAAGACUGGACGGGUGAAUGGAUGCUUGAACAGUGUCCUCUGAUUUUAGCUGUUUGAUUGAGCUUUUACUUGUGAAAGAUAUGUUACUGUCCUCUUAGACCUAUAUGUUUGUACAGAUGUGUCAGUGGUUGAUUUCACAGAACAAGAAAAGGUGUGUUUGAGGUGAAUUCUCUAGAUUCUGAGACACUCCUUCAUAAAUGCUGAUCAGCGAUGCUAGACCCACUGUCUUUCAGGAUUUGUGUUGAUAGAAGUUGAGCGCUAGAUUGUGAUCUGUGCCAGCAAACGCCUCAUGUGAAUGUAGAUGUUUGAUGCAGGAAGCUGAAGAGAGCAGCAACUGUUAAAGGCGUGCUUCCUGUCAUAAUGCUUUUAGGAAGCCAUCUCUCUCAGGCACCUUUAGUGUUUGAGUGCUUGUUGAUAUUGAGCUUCCACCUGCCCUUAAGCUAGGCUCUGGAUGACUCAGGUGAAUCCUAAGACAUGCUUUGUCUCAUACAGUUUGGUCUCACCUUAAUAAUACAUUGUGCAUCCAUGUGUAGCAUGCACAGAGUAUCAUUCUGGUGUUGCCCUGUAGUGUUUUCUGUAAUUUAACACUCUGUUGUCUCUGCCUGGUCAGGUUUGACUACUGCAGGUUCAUAGAACUAGACUACGUCCCCAUGGAGACAGGCUAUAUGGUGUCAAUGCGGCCCACAAAAGGCUUGACAUCAACAAAGUCACCAACCAAAGGAUACACUUCCACCAAGUCUCCAGAUCGCCACAGCCGCUCCACAAACUCCCCCUCAACCCCUAGCUCCCGGUCCGUUCUGGGUUCCUCCUCUCUCCUCCUGAACAGUGUGAACUAUCCAGAGCAUGGGGAUGAUGAGACCAUUUGCAUUGUUGUAAAUGUUUCAUGUUCCAUUAAUAACCACAUUAACCCUGUGACCAGUUUCCUCUCAUGCCAUGCUAACUGUGGGAAGCUCAAAUGUUACUGUAGGGUCCUGCUGCUGUAUCCCAGGUUGCUAAAUGUAGAACACACAGAAUUAUAACAACCUCUGUCAUAUUAACACCUCUUGACUUAUCAGGAACUGAAAUAAAAACAGACACUUUUGUAGAGAAGAUAACAAUCAUGACUUCUGUUGAACUUCAGGGUCAACAUACCUGUCUUAUUCUGUCAUGUAAGACAAUGAAGUUGACCCAGAAGUGGUGAAAUGCUAAUGCUAAUUUUAGCUGCAGAAUCUUUGCUGUCUAAUGUAAAUUUAAUUGAAUGAGGCAGUAAAAUCAUAAUAGUUGAUCAGAUAUAGUAUAGAUAUAUAAUCCAAAUCUUCAACACAGCAGAAACUUUCUUUGUUGUUGAAGAAUUGAGCUUCCCAAUUCGACUUUGACAACACCAAAGUUUUAUUUUUCCAUGCUGUAACAUUGAACCAUAAAGUCAUUUCACCUUCUACGUCCUCCAGAUACCCAAUACUUUUCACCAAACUCAUGCACCUACCAACUCUUUUUUUUUUUAAGAGGAAUGCUUUGUGCAGUGGUCCACUUUGUUUUGAGUUUUUGGUUUUCACCUUCUCAUUUUGAAAAUGUAGCAUUGCUGUAGACCACCAAAGCCAUGUCUUGUUUCUGAGACAGAAUUACAAACUGUCAUCAAUGACUUUGGCCUCAGUAUUUGUAUCUGUGUUUGCGUAUUCUGAGCAUUUCUGUGUCGUGUUGGCAUGUUGAUGGACUUGGGUUGAUAUUGAUUUGUCAGAUUUGUGGUCUUGUAACGUGUUGUGAUGGUUUUGAUCAACAGCUCACUGAAUUCACAGUCACCUCUUUGCCUGCACUGUGGUUUGAUGGUGUGUCCAGGAACAGAUUAACCUGUAUCUUCUCACUCUGAACCAGGCGGACACCUGCCCCGCCCAGUAACAGAGAUCCCUAUGGCAACACCUCCCUUAGCAGCAGCAGCAACUCAGGCUCAUGUAAAGGCAGCGACUGCAGCCCAACCAAAGGGUAAGGGGGGAGGAUCUGGAGAGAAGGUUAUCUCAUCCAGUGGUAGUCUUAAUUUUUUGCCACUUUAAACAAUUGAAAUGGAUCCUUAAAUUAAAUCAGUUUUGUUGGACUACAAUCAUGCCGACACUAACUGCUGUGAGAAGAAGCUUUAAAUACAGACUGAUCAAACUUCAAAAUUUCUAACUCAUGCUGACUAAAACACACAUUUAACUUUCCAAUAAAACAGCAAACACCCCUUGCGUCAGUGCAGCCCACAGCAGAACAGGUUCAAGAGCUGGUUAAAAGGGAUAUUCCAGCGUGAAUUUAAGUUAUGGUCAAGCACACCGUAACACGAGUUAGACACCCCCCCGAGAGAUGAAUGUUGCCGACUGCUUGCUUCUCUAUUUAUACCAACUUUAGUAAUGACUGCAUGAUAGCAAUACACAGCAGUCUAUGUCUCCACGAGCAAACCUCAACCAAAAAGUCACUCUUUAGCCACAAAUAAUGCUCAGAACAGCACCUAACUUCAUCAACAGUACAUAUAGGUUCCCAACCAUAGUACUAGCCAUCAAACAUCUUUUUAUCUUUGCCUGAUUUCUGUAGCAAAGUGACCAAACACAACUCACCUACUCUCCUCCAGCAGCCGCUUGUUUGUGGGGGAGCCCCAACGAGUCGAUCACCGAGUACAGCGGAAAAUUUAUGAUUAUUAUUUUAUUUAAAUGCAAUCAGACCGAGAUGCUAAGGCAAAAGAACUACUGUGUCUGCAGUGCACAUAAAGGAUACACAAAAACUCUGAUUGCAUUUCCAUGAAAUAUUAAAUGUUUUUCCUUGAGCUGCAAAACUUCACUGCACUCGGUGGUCGACUCGUCAGGGCUCCCCCACAAACAAGCGACUGCUAGAGGAGAGUAGGUGAGUUGUCUUUAAACAAUUCUAUUCAUUGAAAAGUCAUGUCAGAGCACCAUCGAUCCAUCUUGUCCCAUAAUAACACACAUGUUUUUUAGGUCCUGUGUUAAUGUAACUGACAAUGCAUCAAGUGUGAACAUAAUGUUGUAAACACACCUCUAAAGUGUAACAAUUACAAGAACUUGAAGAUAAUCUGAUUUUUUUUUGGUCCUAGACGUCAUAAAAAGUACAUGUCAUGUACAGAAAACCAUGGUAUCCGCCCCCCUCCCCCAGAGCAGUACCUCACACCUCUCCAACAGAAGGAGGUGUGUAUACGACACCUGCGGGCCAAGCUAAAGGAAACUAUCACCACCCUGCAAGAUAGGUGAGACAGAGAUGAUGAAUAGAAGCCAGGAAGUUCACACACACUUUGACUCACUUUCCCUGUUCACUUCCUGCUCUACCUUUUCUCUCUCCCAUUUUCACUCCCUCAGGGACACAGAGAUCGAUGAGCUGAGGGGCCAGCUUUACAGGAUGCAGGAGGACUGGGUUGAGGAGGAAUGUCACCGUGUCGAGGCUCAGCUUGCCCUGAAAGAGGCGCGUCAAGAGAUCCAGCAGCUCAAGCAGGCUGUGGACACCGUCCGUGCCCGGCUCAGUGAAGCUGGGGGGCUAAGUGGGGAUGUAGGGGUCCAGAAGUACUUUCAGGACAUCAACACUCAAAACCACAAACUUGAGAACCUUUUGCUCAACAUGGAGCUAGCCCAGGCAGGAUUAGCCAAAGAGGGGGAAGCAAUGCAGGGCCAUCGGAUCCGUGUUGGCGGUUCAGCACCAGCGUCCGUAUCAGGGGAAAGUCCAGGUGGAGUUUCCAAACCUUCAGUAGGGGGAAGGGGGUCUUGCUCUUGUGAUGGUUCCCCAGCUCGUUCUUUGACAAGGAGCUCCACCUACACUAAACUGAGCGAUCAAGCACUGGCAGACAGGAACGGCAAUGGUCAAGACUUUCCUUGUCUUUCAGGUGAUGGUACCCAGGACAGCGGCAUCGUGUGUGGGGAGAGCAGCGUCCCCAGCCGGGCCGACCUGCUGCUAGAGGCUGCUUUCCUCUCUGAGGAAACGGCAUCGUUACUCAACUCAUACACUCAGACCUUCUCCCACUCUCUGCCCAUCUCCCUGCCCCACUCCAUGCCUAACUCUCUGCCUCACACUUUCUCCCACACCUUACCUCACUCUUUCCCACACAACUUGUCCCACUCUGUGCCCCACGCUAUGCCACACUCAGCUACCUAUGACAAUGUGUGCACAGGUGAGCGAAUGGCACCGUUUCGCUGUGGCCUGAGUGGAAUGGGCUGUAUUAGCCAUCCAUGCCUCUCCCACCACCACCUCUACCUGCACCCCCUGCGGGAAACGGGCAUCCAGACAGAAAGUUGUCCCAUCCCUGCUACUGCAGGUUACCCCUCUGAUCUGGACACCAUCGCAGAGCAACGCACUUUCCGCUCCCAGGCUUGCAGCCCCACCUCCACCUGGAUGUCAGACGAGGGGGAGGAGGAGCUGGACUCUAUUACCACCACGACUUCUGUGACCACGGCAACAGUCAUGAGUACGGCUACAGAGCCAAUCCCGGUCUCCAGAACACCAUCAGUCCCACUUUUGCCUCGGUCUGCAACUGUAGCAUGUUCCUUGGAAAAUCCCCUGUGUAUGGAGAAAGAUGAAGAAGAGGAAGAAGAGGAAGAAGAAAAGCAGGAGAACGAGAAGAGAGAAAAGGAAGCUCCUACAGCAGAGAUCGAGGAGAAAACAACUGUGAUCAGGAUGGAAGAAGAAAGUCAAACCAGCUUAGAGGGAAGGAAUGAGGGGGAAGCUGAACAUGCAAUAGUGAAUGUUGCUCCAGUCAAAAGGUGCGACUCAUCAGAGACAUCUGAAGGCACACAGGGUGAGCUCAGGUUUGGAGGAUGCUGUGGAGAGGGCAGGGUGAGUGGGACAACAAUAGGAAGCAUUACAUCAGAAGAAAAGCAGCAAGAAGUUGGUCUGCAAGCAGGAUCAUCCCAGGUAGAAACAACAGAGCCCAGUCCCAGUCCUCCAGGGUUAUCCCCAAGUGUAGAACAGACUCCUCACACCUCUCAGCCCCGGAGCUCCACUUCCCACAUGGAGAUAGCUGGUGUCACUGUGGUGGAGGUCCAUGAUGAGGACAACGAUGAAGAUGAGAAAAAAGAAGAUAACACAACAGGGGGCGCUGCAGCAGAAGGAGGUGAUCCACCCGAUGAUGGGACGAUACAGAAAAGCUACUGGAGCCGACACUUCUUGGUCGAUCUGCUGGCAGUGGCCAUCCCUGUGGUCCCCACAGUGGCCUGGCUGUGCCGUGGUCCGGUCCGCGGUGGACAGCCAAUGUAUCAUAUAGGGUCGCUGCUUCGAGGCUGUUGCACUGUGGCGCUGCACUCACUGCGCAGAGGAGGUGGGUUAAGGCAUUACCCUGCAGGUGGGGGAGACCUCGGUGGAUCACUUAUAUAGGUUGAUACAGAGUCUGUCAGGCACUUCUCUGAUCCUAAAGAGUGACCACAGAUGAGUGGGUCCAGGUCUUCAGGCUGUUGGAAAAUACUUGCAGGGUAAAGUGAGGAGAAAAAGAAAUCCUCUUGUCUUGCUUUCCCGUCAAGGUUCAAAGCUGAGAGGAGUAUCCGGGACAGAAAGUGCGGACUCGUGGUAAAAAUCCCUGGCUGGUAAACUCUGUUCUGUUCGGUCCUGCUUCUUCUUCGUGUCUUUCACCCUCUGCUCCUUGCUGUUGCUUUUAAGAUGUCUGCUAACAUGACUGACUUGUGCAAAACUGAAUGAUCUGAUUGAAAUGAAUGAUCUUCUGGAUGCUUGGAUGUUUAUUGCUGAUUGUUUAGUUUUUAAAUGCAGGGAAAUGUUCAUGUUCAUUGAUCUUUGGCUUAAUUCUGACAUGUAAAAAAGAUCUUGUGUUGUCAAAUGUCAACAUAAAAGUACAAUAUGUAUGUUUGUAUAACACUAUGUAUAACCAAAUGGUCCUGUUGUCUGCAGAAGUUAAGAUAAUCUGCUUAUUGACAAGUAACCUAGGGAAAAUCUGCUUUUACCCACAAUGUGAAUGGAGACAGUUCACAUUGAGGUUGAGUCUUUGACGUCUUCAAGACUAAAACAUUACAUUAAAUUGUAAAAGAAAUGAACAGAUCUGAUUGUAACACAAAGACUGAGACACAAAACUGCACCUACAGUAGCCUUUAUAACUAUCUUAUUGAAUCUAACCAUUCUUAAGUAAUCGCUCUAUAAACUAAAAAGAGAGCUCAGUGUUGGAGCUGUUUCCACAUUUAACAUUUCUCAGUCACCCUUUCUUUGCUGCCUUGAUUCAUGUAUUGCUAGAAUAAACAAAAACACAUACAAAUAAUCAUGAGAGAAAAUACAGAAAUUAAGGCUCAGGGUUUCUGUGCCUGAUUAAACAUUUCAAAGGUACAGUCCUGAGGCCUACAUUUUAAAGCUGAGUUAGUUAAACUAAAUGUUAUAUUCAUUUGGCACAAGUAGCAUUUGAAGGAAAUCUCUUUAAAUAAGUAAUUUGUUCUCGUUAAAGUGAGGCUGUGUGAGGUACGACCUGCAAAGGAUCCUGGUUGGUUGGAGAACUGACAAGGGAGCAAGGCUGUCAGCUCCUGCAUCUGGAGUCAACACAAUCAGAUCAUUUCAAUAAGAACCUUUUCCAGCUCUUUACUUUGCUGAGGCCCACUUGUUUUUAGAACUCCCUGACACAACACAACUUUGAGAAACUUCAACUCAUCCCUAAAGUACACCUAACUGUAAGUUUAAAUCAUGAGUGCUUGAUUUUAACAACAAAAACCUUUGUGUUUUUGUACGAUUCAAAAAUAAUAUGCAAAGCCAAUUUGCAGGCUUCAAGAGAGACAACAGUGAAACCAUAGACUGUAUAUAGAAUGGACAUCAUCUGUCCCCUCACUGGGUGAAGCCGUCGUAAGAACAGCACCCUCUGGUGACAGGUUGCAGUAUAGGUCAUAAAUCCCGCCUCCUACAGCAGUCCCUAUGGAGCUGUAGACAAACUGUAGAAAUGUAUUAAACAGAAUAUACAUUUUUCUCCCCACUGGUUGCGAUUGACAUGUAGUUACUGUCAGACUGGUUUGUGCUCAAGUCCUCUUUUUUCUGUGCAGCUCCAUUUUAAAAAGUUAUUAGGGGGUUCAUGUUUUCUAUGAUUGGCACUUGAUACAGCCUAUGGGAGAACAAAGAGUUUGUAGCUCACCCGGGGGAUACACUGUUUAAGCUGAGCAUCAUCACAGCAAUUUUUGGCGACUCUCCCGCCAAAUGCGUACACCACUACUGCGCAACUGGUGGUUCCAGGAAGUAGAGAAAAUCCUGGAAACACCGAGAGUAAUUUGGCUUCAAAUUAUUUUAAUGACGGAACACGGAACCAAGUUGUUCAUAGUAUAUACAGUCUAUGCGUGCAGUCAAGCAAUUAAUUAUUUUGAGAGUGACUUAAAAUUUGCAGCACAACAAGACCCCUAUAUAAGCUAAAGUUUAGAGAAGAUAAGACUCAUCUAAAGAGAAGAAACUUCUGUGCUAUCUGGAGAGUUAAGGAGAUUCCCGACCCACUGAAAGCCAGUGUUUCCUUCAGUUUUUAGAGGUCAAAUCUAGAUAAAUGCAGUUGAGGUUUGUUAAGUAGAGUUUGCUGUCAUCUCUGUUUUUUUUUUUUUGUUUUUUUUUGGUUAAUACCAAAAAUUACACUAAAUUAGUGUACUGGGCAAAUUUCAAGUUGACUCGUACAUCAAAGCUCUGCGGGCAGAGAGACAUGGGAAAUGUGUCACAUCUUUAAAAAGUGCAAAAACAGGUAUGCUUUCUGGCAGCAAAGCAAAGCGCUGAAAAAUGUUCUAACAGAGUGCACACUUUAUUAUUAAGGUGAGAAAGUACUCUGCCUACUCUAGCCUAGCUUCCUUCCAAGUGCUCCAGUUGCAGCCAACUUGAUCAAUCCACUUGCUUGUCACAAACACCUCAUGUCACUGUCUGCUUCAAAACAACCUUUUAAAGUUUCUCUUUAACUGAUCAUUUCAACAGGAAAGUGGUGGAACAGUCAGACACUUGUUUGUAGAUACUCACUGGCUCAGUCUGACACUUUGUUGUAGAUCUGGAAAAGGUGAGUUGUGCUGAGUCUGUGCUUUGUGCUGUAUAUUUCUGCUAACUUAAUGCUCUUGUGGUAUAGUUAACUGUCACUCUUGUGGUGUGUAUUUCAAGUCCACCGUGCAAGAGUUAGUCACUGUAAAGAUCUCUUUUAUUUGAGUAGGGAAUCAUUCUGCAAAGUGUUGUUUAUAGACAUGGAGAAUUCAAGUUAGCAAAUCAAGUUAUCUGGCAUUUAGAUCAGGGUAGUUAAUUCUUUCUUUGAAAGUGUUUUUAUUGGAGGACUUCAAUGCAAGGGGCAUCUUGUUUGGUCUGAUGAUCUUGUUCAGAUGUUGAACUUCAUGUGCAAUAAAAGCAAAUAAGCAGCCGGCGACUAUAAAAUGAAAAUCUGUCUGAGUGUGAGAGCCAAAGUUGGAUACAGAAAAACCAAACACAACCAAAUGAAAUACUGUGAUGCCUACUGAGUUGUUGAGUUCUACAAUGAAGAAAUAAGAAGCAUGAUUUUCUUUGUUUGAAUGAUUGGUUGACAUUUUUGCACUAUUGUUCACUUUAUGAAUUUUAAGGAAGUACUUGAAGUUAAGAUUGUACAUUCACUAAGUUGUGGCUGAUUGUUUUGUUUGUCUCGGUAAAUUUGUCGGCACUUACGCAGGAACAGCAGAUCCUGAAGAACUCUACAAUAUAUGACAUAUUUCCGUGUAAAGCCAUUCCUCCAUGGUGAGAGCUAUCAAGAGCGAUCAAUCUCAGAUCUUUACAUUUGACCUCAUUUGAGAAUGUACCAGCAGACCUUAAACAAAAAAUAAUGGAUCGAGUCUCAAUAACAGGCUGAGAAUGGGCAGUUUCUGCCGUGUGGUCAAACGAUACAACCGUCUGUCAGUGAUGAUCUCUGUCUACAUUUGGUUGUCAAUUCAGUGAUCACCAAAAGCAGCACCCGUAGAGGCUGCAGAGAAGUAAGCAGAUGAGACUCACAGAGCUGUUUAUUCUCAACCGUCGUGUCCCCUUGUCCUGACUGAACGAUCCGCUAAUCUGAGGUGUAUCAGGAGGCUGAGAUUAGUUCAUGUUCUGCCUAAAGCCAUAUUACCUAUUACCUACCAUAUUAGGGAACAGGUGUAAGAAUGUGGGAGGCAGCCUCCUCCUCUCAAUGUAUGGAAGUCAUGUGAUUGAUCAAGUGUAUCAGCAUCAUCAUUUGAUUUCAGUCAGUCAAUCAAACACUUUUCCAACAGGCCAGAGAACUCAACACAGUGAAAGUGAUAGUGAGGAGUACAGAAUUUCUAGGGUAGCAACAAUCAUCUUAACCCCCUUACUUUAGCUCUAUGCCCACCACCCUACACUCAAACUACAUAGUGUGGUCAUGUAUGCUAGUGGAUGAGUUUAUUACUUAACCGUAGGGGAUCCUAUGAUUGCCUGAUUUAGCACCCCUGAAACCCUGAAAGAUACUCUUUAAAACAUAUGAAGAUCUGGGGCCUCAGAGAUUCUCUUGUGCAAACAAAUAUGAGUAAACAAGAAAAUAACUCAUGUAAACAAGAUAAUAACUUUGUCCAAAACACUGUAGUGUAUAAUCCUGUUUGGACUACAUUCUGCUCUCGUGUGCACCAGAGAACCUUUAAUGUGCACAAGUGAACAGAAAUUUUCAGUUAUUUGCACAGUCCUUUGUUUUAUGAGUUUUUCACUUGUGUCUUGAGACUUAUCAGGGUGUGACUGAGGUAAUUAUUGACAAUUUUAAUUGAUUUUCCUCUAAUUAAUCUUCACCAUACUGCACUUUAUUGUAAUCUAAUCCAGGAUUAUUGUAAUGCCAAGGAGGCGAUUAUUCUGAGUGUCCUUUGCUGACAGAAGGGGGUGGAUGGUGGUGAGUUUUUUUCUUUUGGUCAAUAUUUGAAUUUGUAUCGUCCUCAUGCUUUAAUCCUUGUCUGUGUAUGUGUUUCAUAGCCAAUGUGAUAAAAUCUAUGUAUACAGAGAUUAAACUAAGUCCUUAAACAUCCUUACAUGUAGGACAUCCAAUGCCUUGUAUAGGAGCUCAGCUGACAUCAUUGCUGUAUACAGAUAAUGUCAUGUAAAUUAACUAUUUUAAUGGCAAUAGUAGUGUGUACAGUCAAAACAUCAGUAGGCUUUUUCUCCAUUCACACUCCCACCACUGUAUAAAGACCUAAAGACCGUAUAUUAAACAGCAUGGAGGAAACCACUCUGUUGUCUUCUUUUGUGUUUGUCUCAGUUAUUCAGCCUGCAAAUUCAAAAAAGUUUGUAUGGAAGCGUUUGGCAUUCUAAAAAAAGCUCUGCUUUUAAGAGUAAUUUUCUUUUCUUUUCUGUUUUUCGGAUUGAUUUUUGUUUUGCUUUUCAGGCUAAUUGUUUUUCCUAUUCUCCGGGAUCAUGAUCAUUUAAAAACAGACACUUUCAUUCCCCUCUGCUUGAUUUAUUAGAAGCAAACAUGGCCCAUUUUUUUAGUUUAAUCAAGUUUUAC